GGCAGACAGACAGACAGACAGACAGACAGACAGACCCCGGAUAUUGAUGGUGGCGGCUGAACUUUCCUGACUGUCAGCCCAACGCUCUCCCUCUUUCUAUCUUUUGAUAUGUCUCAGCUAGAGAGCUGUCCCUAUGAGUCUUGUCAUGUUUCUGGCACUCUUCAGAGAGUUCUCGGUCAUACUCGUCACGCUCAUGACCCAAAUCUUCUACCAGGCGACUUCAUCUCUCGUCAUAGCUUACAGCGUUGCCCCCACUGCUCCAAAUGGUUUCUAAAGCUUGGGCAACACAUGUCUCAAUGUAGGAAGCGGCAGAGUUUUCCCGUAAGUGGCCAACGGUCAUCCGCACCAGCAGACACAAGUGCGCCAUCACCACCGUCACCUUCGUUGAGGAAUGCAUCCUCCACAGUCGUGCCAACUAUGGUAUCUGAGCCUCAAGAUCUUUCUCAACCUACGAGUAGUAUCAGUGCACUCAACCCGGAAUCAACCGCUUGGCGUUUCAUUCGGGACCUCCCAGUGCAGUCAAUCUUAGAAGCCACGCCCCCUCGCGUUGUCCAAACGAUCAAUUCCUCCGUCAAGGCUCGUUUCCAGGACUGUUGUGCUAUUGCCCUAAAGAAAAUCCAAGAUAACCCAGAUGACGUUUCGGCAUGGAAGCUUCUCUUUCUCAUCCCUCGCAUGCUUCUCCGACCUAUGGUGAGAGGUGGCAAGAACGGCCUUCGAGAUGUAAAGUUAGCGUAUGAGAAAUUUUUGAGCUGGCAAUGGGAGGACCUUGUCAAACUGCAAGGCUUGCCGACCAAACGAGCUUCGUAUGGAAGUGAGGAAGCCAGGAUAGCAGCGGCACUAAGAUUAGUGAGAUGUGGUGAGUUGUCACGUGCGUCUAAGGUCCUCACUAGCACCGGAUUGGCUGAAUCGUCAGCGGAGACAACCGCAAAAUUGGCACUAAAACAUCCAAGGAGGUCAACAACAAUAAUAAGGGAGGCUACACCUCACCACGAGUCCAUCAAUUUAACUAGAUCUAUUCUCUUUGAUGUUAUCAGACGAUCACCGCGUGGAUCUGGAACAGGCCCGUCAGGUUGGCGCUUUGAGCAUUUGAAAGUGCUAAUUGAAAAUGAUUUCACUGCUGAUUGCCUCUUCUCUGCCUGCACUGCCAUCGCUCAUGGGAUACUUCCUGAAAUAGCUACCAAGCUGUUGUCUUCUUCCCGGUUAAUUGCUAUCCCUAAGCCAAAUGGCGAUGUGAGACCCAUUGCUAUCGGAGAAUGCAUUCGCCGAGUAACCUCGAGAGCCAUCUGUGUGCAAAUGAAAAACAGUUUUGCCAGCUUCUUCUGCCCUAUCCAGCAUGGAGUUUCCACAGAGAAUGGUUCAGAGUUAAUUAUUCACCAUAUUGAGCUGAUGCUGGAACACAACCCUGAUUGGAUUGUUCUGAAGUCCGAUGUAAAGAAUGCAUUCAACUCUAUCAAUAGACAUCACCUGCUCAACGAGCUACGCCAGUCCUUCCCUGAGCUAUACAAUUACGCAUCACAGAUGUAUGGUGGAUUCAACUCACUAGUCUUCAUGGAGGGUGGUACAGCAGUCGCUAUAUCAUCGGAAGAAGGCAUCCACCAAGGCGACCCUCUUGGUCCAGCCUUGUUUGCCACAGCAAUUCAUCCAAUUCUGAGGGAUCUCCAGGAAAGAUUUCAAGAAAUUCAUAUCCUAGCUUACCUUGACGACGUGUUUCUAUUGGGUCAUCCGGACAAAACCUUGGAAGCUUUCCAGAAUCUAAAGGAUAUGUUCCUUUCUGGCAGUUUAUCCGUCUCAGACUCCAAAUGCGAGAUCUUCAGUCCUUCAGAUCGUUCAGUCAGGGUCUUCUUUGUGUGA